AUGGUAAAUAGAAACCAAAACGCCAAUAAUGUCAUACGCCAGAUUCGACAUGACAAUAUGGCAGCAGAUAAUAAUCUAGCAGCCAUGGUCGAGAGGAUUAUGGUUCGAAAUGGGGUAAACUUUGGUCUUCGAAGGCCAAAUUAUACAUCACCGUUAUCGAAAUAUAUCUUACAAGCAGAAGCACCCCCUAGAACAAAAAUCCUCAAAUUCACUAAGUUUUCUAGGGAUACUACUGAAUCCACUAUCGAACAUGUGGCUAGAUAUUUAAUUGAGGCAGGAGACAUUUCGAACAAUGAGAACCUUAGGAUAAAUUUUUUCCUAAGUUCUCUCAUAAAGAAUGCCUUCACAUGGUUUACCACCAUGCCACAAAUUUCGAUCCAUACUUGGAAUCAACUAGAGAGAAUGUUCCAUGAGCAGUUUUACAUGGGACAAACAAAGAUAAGUCUGAAGGAAUUGACUAGUAUCAAACGAAAGUUUACUAAGUCAAUUGAUGACUAUCUUAAUAGGUUUCGAUUACUCAAAUCUAGGUGUUUUAUGCAAGUUCCAGAGCAUGAACUGGUCGAAAUGGUCAUUGGGGGCCUUGACUAUUCAAUUAGGAAGAAGUUGGAUACCCAGUAUUUGAGAGAUAUGGCCCAACUGGCUGAUAGGGUUCGACAGUUAGAACGCUUGAAGGAAGAAAAGGCUAGAGCAAAUAAGAAUAAAAGGGUAGUCUAUGUCGCUUUCAACAAAGAUGAUGAAGGGUCCUAUAACGAACUUUUAGACUUCGACGAAAAUGAGAUCGACCUUGCUGAAUUGAAGUAA